AUGGUGCAGCAGCAAGCAUUGAGGGUGAAGAGAACUGCAGUGGUGGCUCAGCUAAAGCAUUUGCAGGCAGAAACUGAGCCCAUCUUCAAACUGUUUGAAGACCCAGAAACCACCAGACAAAUGCAGCCCAUCAGACAUGGAAGGAUGCUGUUUAAUUACUUGGCAGACAAACAUUCCUUUCAGGAGAACAUUCUUUACCAUUAUGCAAAGUUUCAGUAUGAGUGUGGUAACUACUCUGGUGCUGCAGAAUAUCGCUGCUUUUUCAGAGUACUGGUUCUCUCCACAGACAGGAAUGCUUUGAGUUCACUGUGGGGAAAGCUUGCUUCUGAGGUCCUCAUGCAGAACUGAGAGGCAGCCAUGGAGGACCUAACACGCCUCAGAGAAACCAUCGACAACAACGAGUCCUAACAGCAUUAAACUUUUAAUUCAGUGAGUUCACCUCUCCAGUCUCUGCAGCAAAGAACGUGGCUCAUUCAUGGGUCCCUUUUUGUUUUCUUUAAUCACCCCAAAGGCAGAGACAACAUCAUUGAGCUCUUUCUCUACCAACCUCAGUGUCUAAAUGCUUUUCAGACCAUGUGCCCACACAUUCUGUGGUACCUGACCAUGGCUGUCAUUACUAAUAAGGAUGUGAGAAAGCGAAGACAAGUCCUCAAAGAUCUGGUGAAAGUUAUCCAACAGGAGUCUUACACCUACAAGGAUCCCAUCACCGUGUUUGUGGAGUGUCUUUAUGUUAACUUCGAUUUUGACAGUGCUCAGAAGAAACUCCGGGAGUGUGAGUCAGUACUGGUGAACGACUUUAUUUUGGUGGCUUGUCUGGGGGAUUUCAUUGAAAACGCCGAGACAUUCUGUCGGAUUCAUCAGUGCAUCAGCAUCAGCAUGUUGGCAGAUAAGCUGAACAUGACCCCUGAGGAGGCUGAGCGAUGGAUAGUAAACCUAAUCCGCAAUGCCAGGCUGGACGCUAAAAUUGACUCCAAAUUGGACCAUGUGGUGAUGGGUAACAAUUCUGUCUUACCGUAGCAGCAGGUCAUAGAGAAGACCAAGAGUCUGUCAUUCCGCUGCCAAAUGCUUGCCAUGAACAUUGAGAAGAAAUUCAGCCACAGCAACAGAAAUUAGACACCUAACUGUGCAGGCCAAGAUACCAGAUUCUAUUAGAUCAGCACAAGAACCAAGUAAAUAAUCUGUCAUCCUUAUCUGUAU